CACAUUGAGACAGUUGUAGGGAAAUUGCUGAACAGGACGGUUGUCCACAAUUCUCGAGCUGAAUUUCUGGGAACACUUGGAGAUUAUUUUUUGCAGAGGAAUUUUUCCUGUGGAGCAUUAAAUUAUCUUUCAACAAAAUUUCGAUCAACGCGAGUGUUUGUUUAUACAAAAGUUCUGAUGGCUAAGGAGAAUUAUUUAUUUGUUUUGUCUUUUUAUCAAGUGAUAAAAACUGCAGUAUUCGGAGUUUAAAACGCGCGUGAUGAAAAUAUGAGUUGGAUAUUAACUCAGUGAAUAAUUUAUUGUUAUGUGAAAUGUGAUUUUAUCUAUCAUCACCUCCAUUGGGCAAAAUAGUAAUUUUUGUGUCAGUAUUAAAAGCAUCUUUAAAAAGCUUUUUAUCAAUCAUCAUACAUAUUAGAUUAAUUGAUUUUUUCCCCAUUUUUUACUUUGCUGUUUUUUUUUUAUUUUUUCUUUCGAUUUUUUUUUAGCAUGAAGCACAUUGAUCCUUUUGAUAUAGCACGCCAAGCCUUUGAACGAUGCAAUAUCCAGGAAGUUGUGUGUCCGUUUUCUGGGAAGAAAUCCCCAGAUAUCAUACGACAGACACUACACCUCAAUCCAGACUACGUAUAUCCCUCACUUAUCGCAUCACCCAUAUCUUUUUACUGUGACGAAGUUCUCGAAGCAGAAAAAGACUACAACCUUCCACUUCCUGGUGCCUUUGGCCAAGAGACACAUUCUGAGAGAACUUUUCUAGACAGUGCUGAAAAUUCAUGUGAAACCUUUCGAUCAUUUAGUGGACUUUUUAAUUUUGAAGGAACUAGGACACCGAAAUCCUUGAGUGAUACAAGUGAGGAAUUCAUUUCAACUCCUUCGCCAGUAUCUCCUCCGGAAUUACCUCAAAGUGAAGAAGACAUCUAUUCAGAUGAAGAAAGUCCUCUGAGGGCAACAUUUUCUCCUGUCCCGGAGAAAUCUACAGAAGAACCACCUGCAGAUGCUGAGAAUUCCAAGACAAACUGCCCAAAGAUACCCAAAGAAGAUGCAUCAAACCAAAGACAGAAGAAACAAAAGAGACUCAAAAGCAUCCUUGAGAAAAUAUCCACACUGAGGCAGAAAGAAAAUGAGGAAUUUCAUUUAUCACAGAAGAAACAAGAGAACCCCAAAAGCUUCAUUGAGAAAAUUACUACACUGAGACAGAAAGAAAAUGAGAAACAGGAAGUGUUAAGAAACAAUCCAAAUAUGACUGGUGAUGAGACCUUAAUGAUAUCCGUGGAUGCCCUGAGGGAUGACGGUAGGAUUCUCAAGCACUUUAAUAUCCCUAUAGCAGUGUCGUCCCUUCCUGAAAUAUCGAAUUAUCAGGAGAGUUCUUCUGGAGACCGAUCACUACCUCUGAAGAAGAGAUACCAGGCGUUCCAGGAAGAUCUAUUGAAGUACGAGAAAUCCAGGCGAAAGACCCGCAACAAGAAUAUCCUGAAAGACAUGCUUCAGAAGAGCAAAUCGAAAGUCAUAAGGGCUCCUAGCAGGAGGACUGAAGUAAGUGAUGAUGUCCCUCUUGACCUAUCACGCUACUCUCGUCGGGAGACUUCUCAGAAAAUCUCAUCCAAGCCAACAGAGAUUUCCAGAGUAAUUGAAAUUCCUGCUCAAGAGGCUCCUUUUCAGCCUCCUCAACCUCUUCAUCAUCCCAUCCCUCUGAGAUACCUCGUGCAAUAUCCUCAAGUUAGAAAUUCUGAAGAAUCAUCGGAAGUCCCGAUAUUUUAUCCUCCUCCAAUUUCCGGAAUUAACGGAAUUCCGAGGAUUGUGAAUCCACCUAAUACCCCAUCCUAUUCCUAUCCUCCUAUUGUUCAAUCCAACACCUAUCCAAAGCCUGUGACUUACUAUCCCAUUCCUGCUAGGUACUAUGAAAGGCAUCCUGAGGCUGUUCAGAUUAGGAAAUCUAUUCCCCAAAAUGUCCUUCAAGCCCCACAAAUGUCCGUUUUGGAUGGAAGAAAUCCUCUCUCACGAUCUCAGGCUGCCUCUUAUGUCCAGUAUCCUCCUGGUCAACUUCACUACCUACCCCAAUCUUCCGUGAUCUAUCGACCUCGUCAGGCAGAAAAACCCAGAAAUCCUCCUGUAACUUAUCCCUAUUCCCUCCAUCCUCCUCAGACUUCUCAGUAUCCCCCUUCCAGCAACUAUCUUCCCUAUCAAACUGCCCAAUUUAUCCCUCAAACCUCCCAGAGGCAACCCAAUACUCAGAUUGUUCAGGAAGUUCCACAUCUGAGACCCGUACGAAAACCCUCCUCAGAAAGGGCACAUUUGAGGAACCUCCUCGUGGAAAAUGGGACAAAGGAGAGAGUUGCAGCCCCUAAAGCAACAUUUUCUGAUGAAAUUCCCAUUUUCCAUGUGAGAAAUCCUUCCUAUCGCGGUGUUCCUUUUCCCACGCACGAACCCCAUCCCAACAACGGUGUGUAUUUUUCCCACGGUAUUUAAUGAAAAUGCAUUUGUACAAAGGAAAAGACAGUAACAAUUUCUGAUUUAGAUUUUCUCAGAAGUUGAAAGAAAUAGAAAAAAACAGUCCUAGAGACACGGAAAUACUUUUGCAAAAUUGAUAAAUGGGAAGACGAUUGUAAAUUUUGUAUUUUGUAAUAAAAAUUUCAGGUGAAUCUC